UCUUAAUCCAGAUAUUUACAAUCCAUAAUUUUUUUUUAGCUACCCAUAAGCAAUAAUCUUGUCAAUAUGCCGAAUAUAAUCUUCACAUACAAAGGAGUCAUAGCCCCAGUAUUUACACCAUUCAAUAAUGAUGAUGACCGAAGUUUAAAUUUAUCAAUUAUUUCUGAUUAUGCUAAAUAUCUUGCCAAAAAAGAUAUCAACGGUGUCCUUGUUAAUGGAACAACUGGAGAGGGAACCUCUUUAUCUAUUGACGAAAGAAAAAAAGUAGUAGAAGCUUGGGCAGCUGCUGUUAAAGAAACUAAACAACAUUUAAUGGUCCAAGUUGGUGGUACAGCUUUAAAAGAUGUAAAAGAGCUUGCAAUACAUGCUGAGCACUUCAAAGUAAACUCUCUUUUAUGUUUACCUGAGUUAUAUUUUAAACCAACUACAGCAGAGGAACUUACAGAAUAUUUAAAAAUUGUUAGUAAAUCUGCUCCAAGUACACCCCUUUUGUACUAUCAUUUUCCGAAAGCUUCGAUGGUUAAUAUUCAUAUGGGAGAAUUUUUGGAAUCGAUUGGCGAAAAAAUCCCUACAUUCUGUGGCAUCAAAUUUACCAGUAACGACUUAGAAGAAGGGUUGCAAGCGAUGAAAGCCAAUAACAAUUUAACAGUAUUUUUGGGUAGUGAUACGUUAAUGGCAGCUGGUUGUACCAUAGGAAUAGAUUCAUUUAUAAUGACCAGUUUAAAUUUUAUACCAGAACCUGCAUUAGAAUUACUAGAAUUUGGUAGAGGUAAAAGAAAUUUAUUGAGUGCUCGAGAGAAACAAGACUACAUCAAUAAAAUUAUUACAAAAAUAACAUAUCAUGGAACUUGGGUUGAAACAAUGAAAAUAGCUAUGAGUUUGACCACCGAUUUUUUUAUGGGACCUCCGAGAUCUCCUCUUAAAUUUCUUACUCCGGAAAAUGCGAAAAUUAUGGCCAAAGACUUAACCGAACUCGGAAUAUCGAUAAACAAUGCAGCAUUGUUAAAAAUGUAUUAAACUAUUCCUUUUUAUAUCUGAAACACGUUGAAAAUCAUUUUUGGCAUUUUAUUAAAAUAUUUAUAAAAUUAAUGCAUAUUUUGUAAUCGUAUAA